ACCAGCUCCAGCCUCUUAAAGGAAUCAGCAACACCAACUUUAGUAACCUUGUCUCUUCUUCUUUAUUUACUUUCUUUAUAAAUAGAUCACAUCAGAUGGUAGGAUUCAUCCCUCUAUCCCUCCUCUAAGCUUCCUCGCCCAUUUUUCUCUCUCGUGGAUGAGAACUUGGGAAAAAGCCGAAAGUGGAGGUCCAAGAACAACUGCUAACGUGCUAGAAGUCAUAUGCGGUCCAACACCACCAGCUCCAGCCUCUUAAAGGAAUCAGCAACACCAACUUUAGUAACCUUGUCUCUUCUUCUUUAUUUACUUUCUUUAUAAAUAGAUCACAUCAGAUGGUAGGAUUCAUCCCUCUAUCCCUCCUCUAAGCUUCUUCGCCCAUUUCUCUCUCUCGUUCACUGAUAUCCAAUCCUGUUUUCCUUUCAUUCUCCAAGACAGUUGCCAGAUACUUCAACACAGAAAACGUGACUCCCUAAAACUACUAAGUUUACUCGCAUGCUUGCAGCAGGUAAGUGGCAACUCCUCUUCCUCCUUGAUCCCUUUCUAGUAUACAUAGCAUGAAGCUUGUUUUGGUUCUCUUUUUGCUGCUGCAUGUGUGGAUACUUGUUGUUUCUGCUUUGAACUCAGAUGGGUUAACUUUAUUGUCACUCAGGAGGCGCUGGACAUCUGUGCCUCCUUCCAUAGCCUUGGGAUGGAAUGAUUCUGAUUCUAACCCUUGUUCAUGGAAAGGCAUACAAUGUAACAAUAGAACCCAUAAUGUCAUAUCUUUAAAUCUUUCAGGUUAUGCUAUUUCUGGUCAACUGGGACCAGAGAUCGCCCAUUUGGCCCACUUGCAGACCCUUAAUUUGUCCAAGAACAAUUUCUCAGGUGUGAUUCCAUUAGAACUGAGCAAUUGUACUCUACUGGAAAGCUUAGAUCUUUCUGAUAAUGAUUUUACUAGAGAAAUUCCACGUAGCUUAAAAAAUCUGCAAAAUUUGAAGGUGUUGAGAUUUGACAGCAAUUCGCUGAGUGGAGAAAUACCUGAUGGGUUGUUUGAAAUUCCACAUUUGGAGACAAUAUACCUGAACCAUAACAAUUUCAAUGGUUCAAUUCCUAGUAACAUUGGGAACUUGACUAAUGUUUCUAAGUUAUGGCUAAACAACAAUCUAUUAUCAGGAACAAUUCCUCAUUCUAUAACAAAUUGCCAGAAGUUAGGAAGUCUAGAUUUGUCAUACAACGCCUUUAGUGGGGGUCUUCCACCGGGUGUGGGCAACUGUAGUAGCUUAUACGAGUUGGCCAUUGUGCAUAGCAACUUAACAGGCAAUAUCCCUUCUUCCUUUGGCUUGUUAGAUAAGCUUUCACAUCUUGACCUUUCUGAAAAUCGUUUGUCUGGGAGAAUUCCACCUGAACUUGGGAAUUGCAAGUCGCUGACUGAAUUAAUGUUGUACACAAACCAACUUGAGGGGGAAAUUCCAAUUGAAUUGGGAAUGCUGAGUGAACUGCAGAACCUACAAUUGUUUGAGAACCGCUUGACUGGUGAGAUUCCAAUUAGCAUCUGGAAAAUUCAAAGUCUUCGAUACGUUCAUUUGUAUAAUAACAGUCUUUCAGGCAAAUUGCCUCUGGAGUUGACGCAUCUCAAGCAUCUGAAAAUGAUCUCACUGUUUACCAACAAAUUCUUUGGAGUCAUACCUCAAAGUUUAGGAGUUAACAGCAGCUUAGAGCUUCUGGACUUGAUGUAUAAUCAGUUCACUAGUCAAAUUCCGCCAAAUCUAUGCUUUAGGAAGCGUUUAAGAGUUCUGAAUUUAGGUAAUAACCACUUUCACGGUAGAAUACCAUCUGACGUAGGGAAAUGUCCAACACUCCAGAGAAUGAGACUUGAACAUAAUAAUCUCUUAGGGGUUUUGCCGGAAUUUCUGGACAAUCCAAACCUUGCAUAUAUAAACAUGACUGGAAACAACAUUAGUGGAAAAAUUCCUUCAAGCUUGGGGAACUGCACCAAUCUCACUUCCAUUGACUUGUCCAUGAAUAAGCUUGGCGGUUCCAUUCCUCCGGAGCUUGGUAACCUUGUAAAUCUUACACGAUUGUCCCUAGCACAUAAUCAUUUGCAAGGUUGUUUGCCUCCUCAUCUAUCAACCUGGAAGAAAUUAGACACAUUUGAUGUUGGGUUCAAUUCGUUGAACUGUUCAAUUCCAUCGAGCUUGGGGAACUUGACAAGUUUAUCCACUUUAGUUUUAGAAGAAAAUCGUUUUACUGGGGGCAUUCCACCAUUUUUGUCAAAACUUGACAGGCUUAGUCUUCUAAGAAUGGGUGGAAACUUGCUAGCAGGGGAGAUUCCCUCUUCUAUAGGAACACUGAAGAAUCUUCGAUACGGUUUGGAUCUUAGAAGUAAUGGAUUAAUUGGUCAUAUUCCUCGGGAGCUGGGAUAUUUGAGCAGCCUACAAAGUCUGGAUAUCUCUAGCAACAGUCUUACAGGAAGUUUGGAUGUUCUUAAUGGCAUGCAGGCACUGCUGGAAGUUAACAUUUCAUACAACGGCUUCACUGGCUCAAUACCAGAAAAACUGAUGGUAUUGGCGAAGCGUUAUCCAUCAUCAUUCUUGGGCAAUCCUGGCCUCUGUGUCAAUUGUCCUCUGUCAGAUGGCUUGAAUUGUGUUGGAAACAGCAAUUUCAGACCCUGUGCCGGUAGUUCCAGCGGUGGAAAAAAGCUCAACAAAAGUGAAAUUGCAAUGAUGGCCCUUGGAUUGUCAUUAGGUGUCUUUCUGCUUCUGGGAUUUGCUUGUGUGUUUCUGCUUUGCAGAAGAAAGCAGCAUGAAGUGUUGGGAAGGGAGCCCAUGGACGAUGACGAACCCCUACUCAACCAAAUAAUGGAGGCUACUGAAAAUCUGAAUGACAGGUAUAUUGUUGGGAAGGGGGCCCAUGGAGCUGUUUUUAAAGCUGAAUUAGGUCCCACAAAUGUUUUUGCAGUGAAGAAGCUUCAAUUUUCGGAUCACGAAGAUGGAAGUCGAAGCAUGAUCAGAGAAAUUCAAAUCAUUGAGAAUGCAAGGCAUCGGAAUCUGGUGAAAGUGGAAGAUUAUUGGUUUAGAAAGGAUUACGGAUUGAUCUUAUACAGGUACAUGGAAAAUGGGAAUCUUCAUGAUGUUUUAUAUGCAACUAAUCAACAACGAAAGCUGGAAUGGAGUGUUCGCUAUAAAAUAUCAGUUGGAACUGCUCAUGGAUUGGCAUAUCUCCACCAUGAUUGUGAUCCCCCCAUAUUGCACAGAGACAUCAAACCACAGAAUAUACUCCUGGACUCUGAAAUGGAGCCUCGCAUCUCUGACUUCGGCAUUGCCAAGCUUCUUGAUCAAUCAUCUGCUUCAGGAACAUCCAUCUCGGUUUCUGGUACACUUGGAUACAUUGCACCAGAAAAUGCAUAUAUGACAGUAAGGGGUAAGGAAUCUGAUGUAUAUAGUUAUGGGGUCGUUUUGCUUGAAUUAAUGACGAAAAGGAAGCCAUCAGAUUCAUCAUUUAUGGAGGAAGUAGAUAUUGUUGGAUGGGUUAGGUCCAUCUGGAGUGAGACACAAGAUAUCAGUGCAAUUGUUGAUUCAAGCCUGAUGGAGGAAACUGUGGAUUCAAAUAUUGCAGAACAGAUAAUUGGUGUGCUUUUAAUUGCAUUGAGAUGUACUGAGAAGGAACCAAGCAGCAGACCCACGAUGAGAGAUGUUGUCAAGCAAUUGCAAGAUGUGAAUCCUCCACAGAAUAGCAGAUAUAGCAAGGUUUAACUUUUAAUUGCACUGGUGGAUCAAAUUGUCAAUCCUCUUCUUUUUGUUCUGUCUGUUCAGCAUCUUUGAGAUAAUAUCUUAUUCGGAAAAUUAUUAUUAUAUCCGGUCUAUCAUAUAUAUAAAAUACAAAUUACAACGAAUUAAAUUGAUUUGAUUAA